ACACAUCUUUAAAUUUCUCAGAAUAUAUAUAUAAACAGUCCAUAAUAUUUCUAUAAAUUAAUUAAAUUAAAUCAUCAUAUAUCAAUUAAUUAUUAUGUGUGCCAAAACCAUAUUCGUGAUCAUAUUGUUUCUUUGCAGCUUGUCUAUGCAUGCAUGUAAUUCUCGCCUUUUAGCUGAUAUAUUGCACAAGAAGCUUCACCACCCUCACAAGAUAGAGGAGACGAAGCUCGACUCCAGCACGAAAAUUUCUGUGAGUUCGAAUGGGGAUGAAAGUGAUCAAGAAGAUGUUUGCAAGAAAAAUAAAGAUGGAUUAAUUAAUAUUGAAGGAACAAAGUCAGGAAGUAGUGAGGAUUGUAAGUCUUCUCUUCGCAAGGCUUUGCUGCAUGCAACAAAAUCUGCAGAGGGUUCAAGAUGGACACAUCAAAGUAUUAGAGAAAAGGAUUUAAAUUCCUCAAUUUUCAAGGAAGAAUAUCUUUCAGAAACAGACUACCAGCCACCCCAUCGCAAAUCACCCAUUCACAACAAAUGAUUUUUAAUUUUAUUUUACACAAUAAUUAUCAUCAUCAUUAUUUAAUUUCUUAUAAGAUAUAAUAUAUGAUAAAUAUCAAGAGUGUUGAUUAUGUUGCUAUUGUAAUAAUCGAUAUAUAUACGUGAAGGUUUUGUAAUUGAGAACAAUAUAUAAUAAAUCAUUAUAUCAUGUAUGA